GACUUCAUAUCCCGUGAUGCUUAGCGGUUAGAAUGGUUGCAGGGCAGCGUCUACGGAAAGUCUUUUAAUUAGAACUUAAAAAGAAAUGAAACACUGACGCUACCGGCUAGUAAAGAAGAAUGAAUAACGACUGGUAUAUCUCGGAGCUAGACUUUCUAACAGUUAAAGAGUAUCAAGGAGUAAAAAUCCGGGGUUAAAAGUCGAGUCCAGAAGUCAGAGAGCGCUGGCCAAGACGAGUUUGGGAAUGGAUAAAAGCGGCAAUGGCCAACAGGCGAGAUGUUUAACCACACAAUUCAGAGAAUCUACAUACAAAGCUUUAACUUUACUUCGGAGGAAGACGAAACAGCGUCAGAUAGCGGAGCUGGAGGCCAAAGAGGCUUGUGAUUGGCUCAGAGCAGCAGGGUUUCCUCAGUAUGCUCAGUUCUAUGAAGCGUCUCUGUUCCCCAUCGAGAUCUCCGCUGUGAGGAGAGACCAUGAGUUUCUGGAUCAUGAUUCUCUCAAGGCAUUAUGCAGGAGGCUAAUGACCCUGAACAAAUGUGCAGCGAUGAGCUUGGCGGUUCAUUUCCAGUGUAAACAGCAAAGUGAGGAUUCUGAAGAGGAUGAUGCGUGUGCUCUGAGUUCGCGUUGGGCAUUUCAGCGUGAGAGUAAAACAUGGUCUCGUCUCCGCACCCUUUCACCCAACCCUGUCAUUCCUGGCAGCAGGACCGCAACCUUACGACCUUCAGGAAGUAGUGAUAGUGUGCUGAGUGACAAUAGUCUCCUAGACGUCACCUCGCUGACCUCUGACCUUAGCGCUAGCAGCUUGAGUUUGGAGAGUACCCGGGAAACAACUUCUCCAGAUGUCGCAACCUUCAGUGAGGUCGGAGUAAGAGAAGACUUAUCGCCGGUUUGUGUCUCAACCAGCCAAGAUGAAAAUGAUGAAGCUGGAUCCUCAUCUUCGUUGCUGUCCAUAACAAAGAAGCCUAAGCGCCCAUCUAGAACGUUCUUAAGGAGGAGAGAGUCCGUAAAGAAAAGGGAUCGUGAGAAAACGACGGCACCUAAAAGCGGUUCAACGGUAGCUCGGCAUCAGCCCCCCGCGGAUCUGCGCUGCACAUCAGAUACAAGUUUGCCUGGAAAAACCACAAGCAUGUGCAGAACCAGCAAAGACGUUGCAUGGAAGUCACAUACGAUAUGCCGCAGUAAUAUUAGUCAGCAAGUUUCUCUGCCUCUUCACAAGCCUCGCAGAGGAUGCCUUUACCUAGAGGACUACCAAUUAACUUGGGAGAUGCCCAAGUUAACCAAUCAAAAGUGUCAGCAGAGGAAAGAGGAUCGUGUGGUCCACCUCCCCUUUGACCACAAGCCUGGAACGUUUCCAAAGUCUCUGUCAAUAGAGAGUAUCUAUCCAGUCUCCAACUCCCAAAGUCCUGAUCAUAUUGACUGGGCAGAAGAUGGAGAUCUUUCAUUGGACGGGAGCGUUAGUCGCAGUGGGUCACAGGACUUUCUAUCCUCUGGUUUUGCGAAAAGAAGGAAUUCCGUGAGCUCCAUCGGAAGCAUAUACGACAACGUUCCGGAGGCAACGGGCAGACAGUGUAACACGUUCGACCCUGGAAAAGACAAAACCUUCGAGCAUCUAGACGACAUUUUAAAGCAUGUGCAUGGGCUGCAGCACAACAUUGAUGAAUGGUCUCGCUCGCUCGGUAUUCAGCCACCAGACCAAUCCAACGAGUCAGAAUCCACAGCAGACACAACACUACCCAACAGUUUGAUCAACUCGCUUAACUUUGAUGAGCGUUCAAUGUCAGAUGUUGGGACGACAGCAAGUGAUUACGAUAGUGCGGGAAACUCUAUGAAUGAGGGAGAAGGAGAAAUGAGAGAGAGGCGGGACUCUGGAGUGGGAGCAUCGCUUACUAGGCCCAGCAGAAAGUUGCGUUGGCACAGUUUCCAGAACUCUCAUCGUCCCAGCGUGACCUCCGCAUCUUUAGAAAUCAACCGGCAGUCGGCUGCUCAACUCAACCUGCUGCAGAAGUUCAGUCUUUUACGGCUGACCGCCAUUCUGGAGAAACACACCGACACAGGCAAACACGGCUGGAACUGGGUGGUCCCGAAGUUUAUGAAGCGUUCCAAAGUUCCAGCUUACAAAGACAAACAUGUAUUUGGAGUUCCACCCAUUGUAAAUGUCCAGCGAACCGGUCAGCCCCUCCCACAGAGCAUACAGCAGGCUAUGAGAUACCUGCGCAGCCAGUGUCUAGAGAAGGUGGGGAUAUUCCGGAAAUCCGGCGUUAAAUCCCGCAUCCAGGCCCUCAGGCAGCUCAACGAGAAUUCCCCCGAUCAUGUGACCUACCAGGGCCAAUCAGCUUAUGAUGUGGCUGACCUGAUUAAACAGUACUUUAGGGAUCUGCCCGAACCUGUGCUCACCUCCAAACUUACAGACACCUUUUUGCAUAUAUACCAAUUCGUUCCAGCUGAACAGCGUUUACAGGCCGUCCAGGCAGCUGUAAUCUUGUUGCCUGAUGAGAACAGAGAGGUCCUACAGACGUUGCUCUAUUUCCUCAGUGACAUUGCAUCCGCGCAGGAAAACCAGAUGACUGCAGACAGUCUGGCCGUCUGUCUCGCUCCUUCCAUACUGCACCUGAACUCCUCCAAGAAAGAUGGAGCUUCACCAAGGCUUAUGAGCAGAAAGGGGGUAGCCAAGCCAGACCACAAGGACCUGAGUGAAAACAUGGCAGCCACACAGUGCCUUAGUCACAUGAUCACAGAAUGCAAAAAGCUAUUUCAGAUCCCUCAUGAAAUGAUGCUGCAGUCCAGGAAUUCUUAUGUGGCUGCUGACGCCCAGCCGCUGCCUCUGCAUGGCCUUGGAGUCAAUGCCCUGGGUGAGCCGGUGGAUUACAGGGGGUAUCUGGAAGACAAUAUUCAGUGUCUUCUCAGAGAGACAUCCGAGCGGAGUAAGGGCUGGCAUCACGCUCACGGACCCGAUAACACUGAACUGGCUUAUAAAAAGGUUGGCGAUGGGCAUCCGAUGCGUCUCUGGCGAGUUUCGGUGGAGAUGGAGGCUCCACCUGCCGUGGUGCUGCAGCGCGUUCUGCGAGAGCGCCACUUAUGGGAUGAAGAUCUUCUGCAUAGUCGAGUCAUAGAGACUUUGGAAAACAACACAGAGGUCUUCCAUUACAUCACAGACAGCAUGGCCCCUCAUCCUCGCAGGAACUUUAUAGUGCUCAGACGUUGGUGUAGUGAUCUUCCGAAGGGGGUGUGCAUUCUCGUGUCCUCCUCUGUUGACCAUGAUAAUGUGCAGGUGGAGGCAGGGUUACGGGCCGUUCUUCUGACAUCACGCAUCCUUAUCGAGCCAUGCGGAAUGGGGCGGUCCCGACUUACACACUACUGCAGGGCCGAUAUACGGGGACGCUCACCUGAUUGGUAUAACAAAGUAUUCGGUCACCUUUGUGCAAUGGAGGUUGCCAGAAUACGAAGCUCGUUCCCUGUUUUGUUGGCACAUGGACCAGAGACAAAACUUUGAAUGGGGACUCACCAGGAAUCUGAGACCAAUCGGUCUUAUUCUUGAAUUGCGGAUGAAUGUGAGAGAAAUAAAAGCGAGAGAAUUAUGGAGGUAUUCAGUUAUGAUGAAAGUGUAAGUGUGAGAAACUCAAAGGGUGGACAAGAAUGUUAAUAGCUAGUAUUUAAACUGCUUAUUAAAUGAAAUGAAAAGAAUGUUAUAUUGAAUAGUACAGUUGGACGAUGUAGUUAACAACCCCAUUGUGAUUUAAAAGCCAUGGACGAUCAAUGUGAAAAAGCUCAAACUCGUGAUUUGUGUGUCGAAUCUUAUAUAUGUGAGUUUUGUGUUUGUGUCUGUUUAUUGUCUUUAUGUGGAAAAACUGUUACACCUUCAUAUUUUUUUUGUCUAAAAUACUCUGGUGUGAUCUGUCGGACACCCCAUUUGUUCUCAGGGUCAACGUAAACCGAGUUGUUUGUUUUUGACUGGUACAGGAUUUGUCACGUGGCGCUAACAGAGGCCAACCCUUUUCCCACCAUAUUCUGUUGAUGCGGUUGUGCUGCUGGCCAAAUCUGACAUUUUCUCAGCUGAUCUGAGAGAUAUGUGAUAAUGUGAUAAUCAUUAGAUUUUUGUAUGCAAGCCAAAUUGAAUCAUUGAUGAUAUUUUGUAUUUGUGACCUCAGACUAUCUUUUCUACUACCACCUUUUAAUUUAUUUGUGUCACUGUGAACUUCAUUUGUGAAGUUUUUGUAUCUUAACAUCUGCAUGGAAUCCAUGGGAAUGAGCUUUCAUUCGCUUUGUAAAUAUGAUUUACCCUAAAGAAAAACUUUUUAGAUAUAAUUAGAUUCAUCGCUUUCUAAUUGUUCUUCUGUUGUUAUUGGAAAUGGUUUGCGUCCUAACUGCCUAAAGUGCCUUUAAGCAACUAAAAAGAAAUUUUAUGUGUGUGUGUGUUUGUCUGUCUUAAAAUGAAUUAGUGCGGUCUCAUAAGGGCAUUAUGUAAUAUCAGUGUUUUAUUUAUUUAAAAGUAUAACUGCAUGUACAGUAUCCUAAAUGUUUUUAGCAUCCUGCCUCGUUUUGUAAAGCGGGAAAGAUCCGUCCUUGAUUCAGUACUGCACAGGACUCUUUCUAAUGUACAGGACCCUUGUACAUUUAUCCCUUAUCUUUAUUUUGUUAAAUAUUAAAUCUUAUCUUUUGUUAAAGAAACCUCUGUGUAAAACACAAGUAUUUGAGACAGAUUCAUCUGAAACUACCAAAUAAAUGGUCUUUAACAUU